CACUCUGUUUCUUAAAGCUUUUCCUUCUCUCUCGGACUCUCUCCUCGCUUGCUCUUCCUUCCGGCGACGACUGGGCGAGCGGCGGCGCCUUUUGUCCUGUAUUCGCCCAGCCCUUUGCCGGCAAUGAGCGAAGAAUCGUCCAGAGACGAUGAUGAACUUGUUGAUCAAAAGAAGUAUCUUGAGGAACGGUGCAAGCCACAGUGUGUAAAAUCACUUUACGAGUAUGAUAAAUGUGUCAAGAGAGUGGAGAAUGAUGAUACUGGGCACAAACACUGCACCGGGCAAUAUUUUGAUUACUGGUCAUGCAUCGACAAAUGUGUAGCCCCAAAGCUGUUUAAGAAGCUAAAAUGAUGUCUGGGAUGGAGCUUUUGGCAAGUGAUUCUGAUGAUAACAUGAUGCUACUUUCUGCGAGCGACUUAUCCAUUUGUGUUAACCUUGGCGCCUUUGGAACCUGGCUGAGCUCACGAACUAUUAUGCCUGUGCCUUGAUUCUGUGAACUUGUAAUAAAUCAACAAUUUUCCUUCGCAAGCAUGUGUGUUCCUCUGGACUUGACAUGGAUAAGUUGAUGUUUGGUGAAUCUAAUGUCAUUUGCCCCAGUGCCAUUCCUUUGAA